AUGGGAAAGACGUACCGGGUGAAAGUGAGGUCGGGUCGAUCUAAGAGUAGACUGCCUAAGGGAACUACGUAAGUUUCAUAUAUUAAUUUUUUGAAUUUUUUAUAAAUUUAGAUCAUCAAGCAAUCCAACAGUCUCCAGAUUUCGGGAUUUAGCCAAAGCUCAACGAGAAGCACGCAGAACUCCAUUAGUAGCUGUUGACGAUGUUGUGGAAGCUCAAAAUGGAGAUGCAGACUUGGUUGACUACGUUCCAAUUGUAAGUGAAUACUGUAACUUAAGUAAUUUAUGUAUUUUAAAUGUCAGAGGUGGUAUACUGUUUUGUUAUUGUUUUUCUGUUAUAACAUUGGUCUAUUCUAGAAUGCCAUGUCGAUUGACGCAGAAGGAAGCAAGUCUAUGAUCUCGGAAGGUGGAAUGUCAAGGUUAACAUCUUUCACAAAUUGUACUAAUCCCACGUUUGCUGCUGUUCACAGAGAAUGGAGGUCUGGCUCUCAGUUACACUCAAAUGUUAUUGCUGUCUUAGCUGCUGUAUCGCAAGCGAUCAAAGAAAGAGAUGGAACAGAGAAUGAUGAAGAAUACUUUAUGGGUAUCUUGGCUAUAAUAGAAGCUGCUCCAUUCGAAGAACAAGAAAAAUUGGCUGCUGCUUCUUAUUUGUUUUACCUGGUUAUCAAGAAGAUGUCAAAGGAAUACUUAACCCAAAACUUUGUCUACGUCAAUAAGGUACGUUAAUAUGGUCUUUUUACUUAUAUUUUUAGGUAUUGUGUACGAAGAUAGCACAAUUAGAAGGACACAAUGAAGCUGUUGGAAUAAAGUUUUUGUUUUCCGCUCUUGGCCAUCUCCUCAGAGCUCUGCCUUUGAAUAUGUGGAAACAACAAGCUUUAAAGUACGUUUGUGUUAUCAUUUAUGAGCUUGUUUAUUGAAAUGAAUUUAUAAAUAUUAUCUUGUUAAUUUUCAGAAAUUCCAUGCUGCUCGUAAUUGUGUUUUCGGUACAUGAUCAUCCAACUGUAAGAACAAUCAGUCGAAAAGUGACUCGAAGUGUUUUAACUGAUCCAGUGACUUGUUUUGAAACUGGAAUUCAUCCGACUGCCAAAUCUGUUGGUGAGAAGGUGUUGCACGAUUUAUGCAACGAGACAACUCCUGUCGUCUUGACUAGGAUAUUGUGUUUGUUGGAGGGAAUCUUACACAAACAGCCUGAAUCUACAUUUAACUCGUUGGCUUCUCAGGCGUUGGAAUUGGCUACAAAAGCGGAUCCCAUGGUAAUUUUUGUGUUUAUAUUAAUAUUAUUAUUAGACUUAUAGGUUUGUUUUACAAUAUAUAAUGUGUAUUUUUUAGGUACGAUGCGCGGCUUUACAAUGCAUUUACCGUACUUUACAACGUCAACCAGCUGACUGCACUUUAUCUGUUACCUCAAACGAAAGAUUGAUAGCUAUUCUUCGUGAUUUCCCUGUCCCGGCCGACACUGCCGUCUGUGCCUACUGGCUACAAACCUUUGUUGAAUCUCAUAUUUGUCUGGCGGCCAAGGAUCAAGCGAAGAACGAUGAGCUACUGGGAGAUAGUUUGAAGGUGGUGGUUCAAACUUAUCAUAGAGGAGAUGCAGCUUUGGGAGAAACUGUCAAAAGCUCGAUUUCAAGGCUGGUUCAACGAUGUAUCCAACAAAACGAAACCAGUGCUGUUAAAUGCUUGCAACUACUUGACAUGGCACUGUUACCUAAUAACACCAAUAGCUGGAGAUUCAUCUUUUUGAACAUUGCUGAACUGUUUGAAGAAGCAGGCCCAGCUGUCAUUGGAAGUGUGUUUGAUGCAACACUAGAAGCUCUGGCAGAAUUGAGGGAACGAGACACGGCUCCAGGAAAGGCAGAAGGCUUUUGUUCAGAAGAAAUAGAAGCUGUGUUUGGAGCUGCUGCACGAUAUGUUGAUCUCGAGAGGUUGAUCAGGACUGUCUCAUUGGGUUUGGACAUGGAACAACCAGUUUUGGCCACAGACUUCAAACGAUCCUGGUUAUUGUUAGUGCUUAAGAAGAAUAUUAUGAAGGCUCCGUUGGUCAUCUUCACCAAAUUCUUUUUGCCUCUGGCGUUUUCGAUUCACUCCAGAGUUAAAACGUUGGAUGGUGUUACCAAGAAGCUGUACACGAUCAUCGAAUAUCAGAUUUGGGAUCUCCUGCCCGGCUUUUUGUCAUCGCCAGUCGACUUCGACCAAGUUAUUCAUCAAUUGGCACCUAUCCUUGGCGCUGCCCUUAACGAGAGACCUGAUCUUCGACUAAAGGUACUAGCUGGAAUCAGGGCCAUGUUGAAGUUUGUAUCUGGAUCUGACUCUACUGACGAAAGAAUCGAAAUUGUCAAGCGAUAUGCCAAGAACUUCUUGCCACUUUUGUUUGUGCACUACACGACAUCUCCUACAGAAGAAGAAGCCAAACAGGUUGACCAUAGGGAAGUUCAGUUGUCUUCACUAGAGACGAUCAGGCUUUACAUACCUUACAUUCCUGGAGAACUCAUUGGAAAGUAUUGUGAUGCCGCCAUGCAGAAGAUAAGCGACGAGAGCAGUACUCAAGAACGAAAGGUGGGUAUUAGUUUAAUUUUUAGUAUAUUUAAAAAUUUAAUAAGAUUUUUAACAUUUUUAUUUUAAAAUUGUUUUAGUUACUGUUGAUGGACAUCGUUGUGGCACUUGCAAGGGCAGUGGACUCUGAAUAUGCUUUAAAACUGUUCGAUACCAUAAAACCUUUCUUUUCUGUCAAAGUUAACCGUCAAUCUUUGCAAAAGAAGGCGUACCGAGUUUUGUCAGAACUGUACUCAAGAUUAAAUGAUCCUACCUUGCAUGUCUUCUUUGGACAAGUUCAAACAUACGUGGAGGCAUUGCUCGCUGAAGGUCAAGAUUCUGUCGCUCCAAGCAGCUGGGCCGCUCGACUGGUUGUGUUUAAAUCUGUAGGUUGGCUUUCCUUUUUCGAUUACUAGUAUAUUGUUUGAUAUCACUUUCAAACAAUGGUAGAAUCUUUUUUUUAUUUGUACUAAAUUAUUAAAUUUGUAUUUUUUAGAUACUAAGCUCUUUGAAGACAAUGGAAGAAGUCAACAAGUUCACAAUCGUUGUCUUCAAUCAAGUCAUCAUGUGUUUGGACAAGAGUAGGAGUCAAGCAGUACGUCAUAACGCAGUAAAGUGUUUCGAGGAGAUUGUCAGCUCGCUAUUGUUUUAUGCCAAUGAAAACGAGUACGUUAAUUUCCUAUUAUUUGUAAAACUUGUGUUAAGGAGAUGAAUUUUAUGAGUAUUGUGUUUUAGGGUAAACUCGUCGCAAGUUCUGGAUGGACUGAUAACGAAAAUCUUUGAAUUUUCCGAAAUCAAAACCAAGAGUGAGACCGAGCAGUUGGAGAAGGUUAGGGCUACUUUAAUCGCUUACAACGUGCUCGCUCAGAAACAUCUGAAGGAGAUGAAUGCCAGUUUGACAGCACAGUUCCUCCAGAAGGCAUUCUUGUUCUUAGAGGACAGGAGGUCGCCCAUCAGAGUGUUAUCUAUCAGAUUGAUCCGUCUCUUCUGCAAGAAGGUCCCCGAGUAUUCGUUCAGGCAAUAUCAAGUAAGUUAUCAUCAAUGUAUAUUUAUUAAUCAUUAUCACUUUGAUUAUUGAUGUUUAUAUUGAUUGAAUUUGUGCUUAGGAUCUAAUCUUGGACAACAUCUUCAACUGUCAAACAGCUGACGACAACACUGUGAACGUGCGGCGCGCAAACAAGGUCUUGUUUACCUUGUUGAUCGAUUUGGUUGGAGUAGAAGUGUUAUGUAAAUAUGCCAACAAACAACAAGGAUGGAUCAAAUUCUUGAGGAAGUUGGACAAGACCCGAAGGAAGAAGCUGGGCGACAAGAGCCUUCCUUCAAGUUCGAGGUCUAUGGUGAACGGUGAAGACGACGGUGCUACUGUUGUGUCAGAAUCGAGGACGAUUAAGGCAGAUUCCAUCUUCCAAUUGCUAGAAGACAGCGACGAUGAAGGAGAGCCAGAGACCGAAGAGAAGAUGGAGCGACGCUCAGCUGUGUGGAUUAGAGAGAAUGUUGAAGAAGAUGACGAUGUGGUGGAUCUCCUUGACAGGAAGUCUGUAUUGAACAAGAUUGUCAUGGAGAAGCCAAAAGAAACUCAAGUUGUGGAUAACAAAAAGAAGUCGGCCAAAGGAUUCAGAUUCGCAGCUGACGGAAGGUUUGUCAUCGACGACGAAGACGAAGUUGACAAGAAGAAGAAGAAAGACGAGCUGAGUGACAGCGACGAGAGCGACAACGAAGAGAUGGAGUUGGACGAAGGAAACAAGAGUCGCGUCACCUUCGCCAAGACUAAGAGUAUUCUGGGAUCUGAAGUGAGUAUUCGUGUUGUUAUUAGGUUCAUUAUAAAUUGUCUUGCAACAAUUUUAAACUAAUUUUACUGUUUAGGUCGCUUCCGAGUAUACAACUGGAGGCAAAGGAAUCCACCGUAACCUGAGAGGUACCCUGAAGGGUGGUGUUAACAAAAAGUCGGAAGUGAAGGGCGGCAAGAAGGUAGAACCCUAUGCCUACAUUCCGCUGGGACAGAGGCACGGCCGGAAGCUGGGCAUCAAGAACGUUGUUAAAAAUAGAAAAAAGAAGAACUAG